GACGAGCUGUAUGUCUUCAGCUUCGGAACUUAUCCAGGCUACACAGGGAACCUGGCCCCAAAGGGCAUGAUGUCCGUGUUUUCCAGCGACGCCAAUAAUGGCACUCAGACGAUUUCCUGGACCCUCACGGAGGGCUUGGACACUCGCUGCUCCGAUGCGUGCACUGCGGCCAACUGCUGCGGAGUUCACAUCCACGUGGGGAUGACCUGCAGCACUGCAAACGACAUCGGAGGCCACUACUGGAAUUCCACGUACUAUGCUGUAGACCCAUGGCUGACGGUUAUGUACAACACCAGCAGCGGUCACCCGGCCACUCAGACCGACCUUGUCGUAAUGACAGGUACGACAGGGGAGGAUGUCUAUGGCCGUGCCAUGGUGAUCCAUGAUUUUACCGGAGCCCGUAUCGCCUGUGGAAUCAUUGAGGAGGCAACCACCGGUGCCUUUGCAAAGUACCCUACCUACACGGGAUCUUGGAUGACCACUGGCGGGGUUAAGGUCACGUCGUCGGGAACUGUGCAGACCCUGCACUGGAUUUUCACCGCCGGGCUGGACCCUCAGUGCUCCGGUCCCUGCACUGAUGCCAACUGCUGUGGAGUCCACUUCCACGUGGGAAAGACCUGCGGCUCGCACGCGGAGAUCGGAGGCCAUUACUGGAACAGCACUAUGUUCUCGACCGAUCCUUGGCUCUACAUUCAGUACAACGCCUCAGCAAUGCCUUCCAUCAUGAUGGACGUGGCGGUUGACACGGGGUACGAGGUUGCUGACGUGGCAGGCCACAGCAUCGUGGUGCACGACUUCACCGGAGCACGCAUCGGCUGUGCUCUCAUGUCUAACCUCGACAUGGGCACCACCACAACCACGACCCUCGCCAACAGCCAGGUGUCCGGUGCCCCCAUGUUGAGCUCCAUUGCCGCCACAACCUUUCUUCUUGCCACGAAGGAGCUUGCGUUCUGA